ACGCUGUACUCUCUGAGCCGAGGACAUGCGUGUUGAUUGACAGUUACAAUUGUCCCGCCCUCGUCCCUUUACUGUCCAAUCAGAGUUUGCGUUGCUUUGUUGUCGUACGUGAUACUGACAAUCGAGAGAGUGGCUAUCUGCUAGAAACCAACAAAACAAGAUGGAGGUGGAGCAGCUCUUGUCUCUGUCAGGCCCAGCACUGGCCCAGGCUGUUAGCUCUCUGCUGGAGACCCCAGGACUCUACGUCUUCUCUGACAUCCUGGAGUUGCCUAAUGUUAGAGAGCUGGAGAAUGGCCCUCAUGCACCAGUGUACCAGCUCCUGAACCUCUUUGCCUAUGGAACCUACUGCGACUACAAAGAGAGAGCAGCCUCUCUUCCAGAGUUGACCCCUGCACAGAGAAAUAAACUCCGUCAUCUGUCCAUCAUCAGCUUGGCUUCCAACCUCAAGUGUAUUCCUUCCCCUCAGUGCCUGCCGUACUCACUCCUCUUGCAGCAGCUGGAGCUGAAGAAUGUGCGGGAGCUGGAGGACCUGCUGAUCGAGGCUGUCUAUUGCGACAUCAUCCAGGGUAAACUAGACCAGAGGAACCAGCAGGUGGAGGUGGACUGCAGCGUGGGUCGUGACCUCGGCCCCAACGAGCUCCCAAACAUAAUCAACACUUUGCAAGAGUGGUGCACAGGCUGUGAGGCCGUAUUGUGUGGCAUCGAGGAGCAGGUCACGCGAGCCAAUCAGUACAGAGAGAGCCAGCUGAAGGUUAAAGUCCAAGUGGAAACAGAGGUUUCAAAUCUGCAGAAAACAUUAAAGGCCAGCGCCGCCUCUCCUUCAUCAGGCCCCGCCCCUGCUGGAGCCGCCUCCAAUCAGGAUGCAGACCAGCCUGCUGAGCCUCGAGACCCCGCCUCCUCUCAGGAACCUCGACAGCCCGGCAAGAAGAGUUCAAAGGUGAAAGGGCUGCGUGGUAGUGGGAAGAUCUGGUCCAAGUCCAACUGAAGAUGAGGGAGAGACGGCGGCACUGAUGGACACUCACUGAAAGACUGUUGAUAUGUGGACAUGUUUUUGGACAAAUGGAUUCAUCUAAUGUGACCAACGUUCACAGAAAGAACCAGGAGGCUUCAGGGGACUUUUCUUGUCGCCUGAUCUCGCCUUCAUGGAUUCAGAAUGUCAGUGACUGGAUAUGACGGGUGUGACAUUCACUUUUUCAGUUGUUUAUAGCCUGACAGGUGGACUAUAUAUAUAUAUCUACACACACACACACACACACACACACACAUACGUACAGCAGUUAGAACACAUGAAGGCAGAACAGGCUGUCAAGUCACCACUGAGUGUGUAUGUGUAUCUCGUUAUUGAUUUGAAAAUGUUCUUUUAGAUUCAUCCUAUGUUGCUUUGUAUUUUCUUCUGUCUGUUGAGACGUGUAUAAAAUCAGAAUAUAACUUGUUGGGAAAUAAAACAAAGUCCUGUACUGAUCGGGACUGUCUCAUUAA